AUGACAGAAGACAAUUGUUUCGUUUAUGCUUGCAUAAAAGCAGGAGUUGAAGAAGAAAUUAUUGACCACAUGAGAGAAAUAAUUCGUACUAGAGAUUUUCCACAAAAUAAAUUACAGGAAAUUUCUGACGCAACAAAUUUAGAAUUUCAUAUAAAAGUUGGUUAUUUCACCGAAUCUAAAAAUAAUAAAACAAUAACACAUAUGCCAGCAAAUGGUGAAAUAAAACAAACCAUUGAACUACUUUUAGUAGACGACCAUUACAUGUUAAAUGAAAGGUUACCAAUGACAACUUAUUUCAUUAAAA